UUCCUCGCCUGGACGCUUGAUGUUUGUGUCCAGAAAUGUGUGUUUCACUUUCAAGUAAACAGACAACAGGGUGUGCGAUGACUUAGUGGCGAGCUGAAGCUUCGGGAUCUGAGUGAUAAUGGCGGUGAACUGGGCCGACAGGAUCUGCGCUUUCUGCCGCAGCCCCUCUCACUUCCUCUCGGGCACAACAGCUGAAGCGUUCCUGGCUGAGCUGCUCCGAGAGCUCCGAGAUGACAGAGCCGGUUAUAAUGUGAAGGUCCUCCUGUUGUCUCCACUAUGUGAGCACCCAACUCUGCUGUGUCCCUCAGACUCUGUGGGUGAGGAGACAGCCCUGGAGCUCAUGUCGGUGUUCGCCCAGUGCCCCCCCAAAUCCGUCCAGUUCCGUUGUCAUCUCCUGCUGGCCCUCACCUCUGUGCUCGUGUGCACCUCCUGUGUGAGCAGCCGUUCCCCUGUAUCUCAAGAUGUCCUGGACCUGCUCCUCCAGUUGUGCCAGGACCCCGGUGACCUGCAGGGCGACGGCGCUCUUCAUUCUCUCCGAGCCACAGCUUGCGACUGUCUGCGGGAGCUGGAGGCUUGUUCUCCCGGUUAUCUCUCCCAGCACAUUGAGCUCCUGGGCGGGCUCAGGCAGAGAGAAACCUCCCGGUUCCACCAGGCGUACACAGGACUUCACACUCUGGUCCUUAGGAAUGCUGUGUAUCAGCUCACCCAGGAAACCGGAGCUGGUGCUGAGCAACUCAAAGUUCUUCUGGGAGGGAACACAUCAGUUGCAUGGGAAGCGGAUCAGGACUCGGGCCUGAAGAAUACCACAGACUCUGGCGUACUGUUCUCUCUCAUCCUCGGGCCCAUGGGUUCAGUGCCCACCCUCCAGACUGGCUCUGACUGCAAGGAGUUGCGUUCAAUCCUGUCUUCCCUCCUGGAGGAGUCCUACCUCCUCACUCCUUUGUGUCAGGCUGCACUGCUUCAUAGACUGACAGAGCUGGUUGCCAUGGUCCCUGGGGUCCCUCCAGCCAUAUUCAGAGCUCAGCUGCUGCGACUGCUGGGCACGAGCAAGGUCUGUCUCCUCCACACCACCCUGCUGCUGAAGUGUGCGUUCACGGACAGCCUGUUCAGCGCCGAGGACGAAGCGUUCAUCCUCAAGCGGCUGGUCGUGCUCUCCCAGCACCCGCUGCUGAGUACGCCCGAGAAGCUCUUCUACAUGGACUGCAUCCUGCACUUUCCUGAGAACCGUCCAAUCAGCUGCAGUGACAGAGACGAGACGCUGCCUGUGCUGCUGACUCCCCGGCUGGCCUUAGCUCUCACGCCCACCGUGUUCAACGACAGCGCCACCAUGCUGGCCCGACUCAACCUGCUCUCCCUGGUCUACCUGGAGGAGGGCGAGGAAGGGGAGGGGGGAGAGGGCAGGGGGCUGGCCAACCUCUACGAACACCUCAUGUCGCUGCUCCACAUUGUGGACAGCGGAGGCAGCAGAGAGGUUGUGGUCACCUUCUUCAGGGCCGCCUUCCUCUUCCUGUUGUACUUCUACCACAUGGAGCGCUACUCCAGCAGCCUGGUGGAGAAGCUGUGUGAGCUCUACCUCCGCCACACCCAGCUCGCCCCGCACCUCAUCAGCCUGGCCGACCACACCCAGGACAGUCUGUCUGAGUCGAACUGGGCUGAGGAGCUCUUGAGAGCACUGCAGCGAGUCAUCACUGAGGCCCCGCUGGCCAAGCUCAACACACAGGACCUCCGCUCUCACCUCAAGAUGCUGGCGCGAGUGGCGGAAGAAGGAAAAAUCCCCCAGUGCAGCACCCUCAGGUUUCUGUCCAGCAUCAUCGCUCCACUGGCCUCCUCGCUGUGCGUUAGUGGCGACUGGCGUCUGGGGACCGGCGUGCUGGGAGUUUGCCGCCGCCUGCUCAUCCACCCGAGCCUGGACUCGCUGCUCGUCCCUCUGGCCGACAUCCUGCAGGAUCUCACCUGCCGCUACGGAGACACAGACAUCCAGGACCACGCCCGUCUGUACUAUGCCCUCCUCACCACGCUGUCCCGGGAGAAGCUGACCGGGGUGCUGGCGCAGGACGCGACCGAGGGAGGCCGGCAGAUCAAGAAGCGGUCGAUGUCGAGCGUCGUGGCUGAGAGCGAGGGGCUGAGGAGCGCGCUAACCAUUCACCAGACGAAGAGAGCAAUAUUCAGCGUGGUCGAGGUGAAUUCUGAGACACGACAAGAAACACAAGAAGAGAAAGAAGGGGACUCAAGCCAUAGUGAGACAGACGGAUUCCCAGGUGAGGGAAAGGCACUGGAAGCCUACAGACGUCAGUUCACUGACCCGGACUUUGCCUCAGAAUUAACCCUGAGCUACCAGCUGGCUCACACUCCGCCUUAUGACCCUCGCUUUGACCAGGUCUUCAGCAUCCGCCUGCACUUCAACCUCACAGACGAGCACUAUGAAGAACUGAGCGACAUCAGUGUCCCUUGCCUCUUCAGAGAGAGGUCGUCACCGAUGGUGAAGCUGAGGCUGAAGCCUCUGCACCCCUACCCCACCACCCUUCAGGCCAGCGCCAUCUUUACCACGCAGGACGGGCUCUCGUGGCACGCCAUCCUGCCGGACGUCCACGUGGCGUUCCAGCAGGUCUUCACGCCCCUGCCUGCUCCCUCAGCCUGGGGUCGUGGCGGCAGACUUGACCUGUUUGAUGGAUUAUGGGAUGAGUUGUGCUCAGAGGGCGGGGACUGUGCUUCCAGUCUGUUCUGCUGCCAGCUCAAGGAGGGAGCUUUGACGUCCUUGGUGGAGAAACACUUCCUCCUCUACCUUAUUUCAGACUGGUCCCAUAAAGAAGAGUGUAAAGUGCUUUUCUUCCUUCCCCCAAAGUCUCAUGUGCUGCUGCGAAUCACCACGGAGGAAGACGCCGUGCACUUCGACAUCGCCACAGAUAACUGGAGGCUUCUGCCACACUUAACUUCUUAUCUACUGACAAUCACAUCCUCACAGGACGACACUCGCAGCUGACUGUGAUGCGUCUUUUAAUUCAAAACUUAAUGAGCUUUUAACAAAAAUCAUUUAGUGUUUGUCAGCACUUUAAUAACUUCAAUUGUACUAACUGAAGCCAGAUGAUUUCAAAUAAAGUUAUUGCACUUUUGUUUUCUUGA